GGUGAAAUAAAUAAAAUAAAAUAAAAUAAAAAUACAUAACAAUAAUGUUAGCUUAAUUACCCACACCAUCUUGAAGGUUUAAAAUAAUCUCAGAAAAUCGAAGAGUUUAAUUGCUGAUCGAAUUGAAGAGAUUUGCAUGCAUGCAUGAUCGAUCAAGAGAUCUAUCGACGCAGGCCGGUUAAUUAAUUAAUUAAUUAAUUAAUCAUUUAAUUAAUUAAUUGAUAAGGCUAGCUUAGCUUGGGUGAUUAAUUUCCCUUGUCUUCGUUGGGUUGACAUUAAUUAUAUUAUAAUAAAUCAUAAGAAGAAAUGGUCCAACGUGGAAGGAACUGUCGGAGAUCGGAUGACGACCAGCGGCGGCCAUCAAUGACGUGUAGGUACUUCGAUGCCAUCACUUUCUUUAGAAGAUUAGAUUCAAAUUCGAAAAAUAUUUCUGGUGGCAGGUGGUGUUAAAGAUCAAUCACAUUCCCUGCCCCUGAAGUUAGCUUUUCAUAAAGUAGUGUUUCAUAGUGUGACUUUAGUAGAUAUGGUAUUAUAGCUACAACGGAAAAAUCCUAACGAAGUACAGAAGAUGGUUUUUGAUUCUGAAGAGGAGCAAUCAGAGGAUUACCUUUUCAAGAUUGUUUUGGUUGGUGAUUCAGCCGUUGGGAAAUCAAAUUUGCUUGCUAGGUUUGCAAGGGAUGAAUUUUAUCCAAACUCAAAAUCAACAAUAGGAGUAGAGUUUCAGACGCAAAAGAUGGAGAUAAAUGGGAAGGAAGUGAAGGCUCAAAUUUGGGACACGGCAGGCCAAGAAAGAUUUAGGGCUGUAACUUCUGCAUAUUAUAGGGGUGCAGUGGGAGCCCUUCUAGUGUAUGACGUCAGUAGACGGUUGACUUUUGAAAACAUCGGCAGAUGGUUGAAUGAACUCCAGACUCACAAUGACAUGAAUGUAGUGACAAUACUAGUUGGAAACAAAUCAGAUUUGAUAGAUGCCCGAGAAGUAACCAUAGCCGAAGGUAAAGCCUUGGCUGAAGUGGAGGGUAUGUUCUUCAUGGAAACAUCAGCACUCAACUCGUCAAAUGUAUCGGCAGCCUUCCAAACUGUUGUCAAGGAAAUAUAUAAUAUCUUGAGCCGCAAGGUCAUCCAAUCUCAAGAGCUCAAACAAGAUGAUUCUGAUCGGCUUGCAAGUGGGAAAACAUUAGUUUUACAUGAUGAAGAAAACAAACAAGCUACAAGAGGACAAGAAAAGAAAGGCACGUGUUGUUCAUCAUGAUUAUCUGGGAGGGACACUGUUCUCUUCUCAUUUCCUAUCUUGUAAUAUAUAUAUAUAUCUAUAUAUAUAUAUAUAUUCUUUUUCUUUACACAUUUAUAUGACUUAAUAUGUGUAUGAACUAAAAUUGAUGAUAUUGUAGCAUCCUUGACGAGAGAAAGUAUCGUUUUUUGACAGUAGGGAAAGAAUCAUUUUAUUUUACCUUAAGAAAAAACCAUUCUAGAUAGUUG